AUGGCUAACGAGCUUGCACCGCCUCGUAAGAGCGUAGAGCUUGAAGAUCCUGGUGCAAAGGAGCUCGUAGACUCAGAGAACGAGCACUUCUCAGAUGCAUCAGAAGGCAGGCAGAGCAGGGCCGAAGCAACAUCACCAAUCCCCAUCACUCGAGUCGAGCGUGUAGACGAUGAGCCUGCCCAUGGCGAGGUUCCUGGAACGGCUGCCUACAAGAUGCGAACACAAGAUGCCGUUCCGGACGAGGUCGAGAUUGUACCGGAUGGUCAACGCAGCCGCAGUACCUCGCGAGUGAGCGCAAGUGACCGACCACUUACACCUGGCGGCACACCCAUCCCAAAGACAGUCGUAGAGAAGAUCGAUCCGGACCAGCCUGGUCAUGGUGACGUGCCUGGAACACUCGCGCACCAGCAACGCCUUGCCGACGCUGCGCCGGAUGUCAUUGUGAAGGCGCCCGAGCCUCCAAAGCGUGACAACCUAGAAGGGUCGCCAACUGCCUCCAUUGAUAGGUCUCCAAUAGACGACGACACCGACAGCGCCGACGACACCGCACCGCUCGAAGCAGACGACUUUCCGGAAGAUACACAAGACCAAACGAACGAUGCUUCCGAAGGCGGCGAGGCCGAAGAGGACGAUGGGUUCGGCGAUUUUGACGAAUUCGAAGAGGGUGGGGAAGGCGACGACGACGACUUUGGGGACUUCGACGAUGGGUUUCAGCAAGGCGAGGAACAGGCAGAGACUACAUUUGGCAGCCCUCAAAAUCAAACUCCCGUACCCGCCCCUCCACAAGCACCACCAGGCCCCCCUGUCCUCCAUUUUGCCGAACUUACUUCGCUGGAAGCCAUCAUCGGAGCAACACAGCCCUACGUCGAUGAAAUAUACCCAACUCCACAAGACCUACCGAGCAUAUCAACCGGCGAAGACACUCGGUCGAUCUUCCACUCUGAGCGGAGUCACUCGCUAUGGACACAACUAGUGGCACCGCCACCGCUACAACCGCCUGACUGGGUCCGGUCCAGGAUACGGCGGCUGUUCCUUGUCUCGCUUGGGGUUCCUGUCGAUCUCGAUGAGAUCUUACCAGCGUCAAAGCAGAAGAAGCUUGUCCUUCCUUCUAUCAACAUCCCUGGCGACAAGUCCCCACGUCCAUCAUCAGAUGGCCGCAGCAACGCACUUGACCGCGUGAAGAAGGAUAAUGCAUCGAACACGUCUGUCGACUCAUCGAAGUCAAAGACGGAAAGGCCACGGAAAGGGCCUCCUCUGCCGCCGUUCUUGGAUCUCAGUGCCACCUCGAUGCUUUGCGCAACGACUGAAGCAGCGUUACUCAAUUUCACCGACGAUGAAUUGAAGAUACACGUCGAUCAUCUGAAGGGUCUGCAUCAGAGAGCAGAGCAGGUAUUUGAGUACUGGCAGAAGCAGCUGGAGAGUGCUUUGGGCGACAAAGAUGCUUUCGAGCAGGUCAUCGAGAGCUUAGUAGCACACGCGAAGAAGCUGAGGUAG